AUCCACCACUCCCUCCAGACUCGACUCCCGUCCCCCUCACGACACAGCUCCUCACGGCCACACGCUCCAGCCGCCGCGACCCCACCUCCACGCUCAUCCAAAACGCACACACUGCACCGCCCCACAGCCUUCGCGCACCCACCCACUCUCCUUUCACGAUGAAGUUCUCCCUUGGUCUCGCGGCUAUUGCCCUCGCCGCGCAGGGCGUGCUCGCCAACAUUGCCAUCACGAACCCCGUCGCCUCGUCGACGCCGUCGGGCGGCCGCAACCUCAACAUCCAGUGGCGCGACGACAGCACGCAGCCGCGCGUCGCGGACUGGGGAGGCAUCAACAUCUUCCUUGCCGCCGGCUCGCAGAACACGCAGUACAAGCUGCAGACCAUCGCCACGAACCUGGCCGUGACGGAGACGAGUGAGACGUUCCGCAUUGACCCCACCGUCGGCCCCAACGGCCCGUACUACUUCAUCCGCAUGGAGUCCGUCCGGCUCGACUCGAAGAACAUCCCGUACAUGUCCUUCUCUGCCCGCUUCCCGCUCGACAAGAUGACGGGCAACUUCAACGCCACGAUCCUCGCCGCCGCGCAGGGCCGCGAGGGCUCGGCCUCGACGACGGCCGCCUCGAGCGGCGCCUCGUCCAGCUCGGGCACCAGCAUGGUGCGCUCGUCGACGACGAGCAGCUCGCUGCGCACCACCUCGACGCCCGCUCUCAACUCGACCGGCACGUCGGGCGCCAGCAUGAACGCCCCGGCCCUCGUGCCCAUCGCCCUGCUCGCCGCCGCUGCCGCGCUUCUCUAACCGGAUCAUCACCACCCACACACUGACCACAUGACCACGCGCGAGGCGAUCAUCCUGGCGAUGACGCACGCCGCGCCCCCUUAUUCUGUUUCACACCCACACUCCGUUCGCAGCCGCUAGACGCCAAUCACAGC